AAUAACACCAUAAUGUCUAUAUCUACUCUCAUUCAAUUUUCACCAUGACGACUCUACUCAUCAAACCCUUUAAUAUCUUUUUAUUCCUCUUCAUAACCUCUCUUGUGACCUCCACCGCCACCGCCACCACCACCGGAGCGUCUCCGCUGGGUCAUAACUCCUCCUCACCAUCUCAGCCAUCGACGUCCGCCACCUGCAAGUACUCUCUCUACCCAAAGCUAUGCCGCUCAAUUCUCUCCUCCAUCAAACACUCCCCUUCGUCGCCAGCCGAUCCCUACACUUACAGCAAAUUCUCCAUCAAGCAAUGCUUGAAGCAGGCACGGAAAAUGACCAGCUCAGCUGACCGAUUCCUCCAACACUACCGGAGCUCCAUUGGCCAGAGAGAAGCCGGCGCGAUGGAGGACUGCCGGCAGCUCUUCGCGCUCAAUGUCGUGUUUCUCGAGUCCAUAUCGGAGGAUCUCCGAUCAACCGAGUUGCCGUCGUCGGAAGAGCUCGUCCAACAGGUCCGUUCGCGGCUGAGCGCCAUUGUGACGAACCAAGAGACGUGCUAUGAGGGGCUGGUGGAGGCCAAGAGCGGCGUUUUGCUGCGACGGAGUGUCGGAAAUGGGACGGUGGUGGUGCUUUCGGAGCCGGUGAUCUUUGACGUGAGCAAGCUUUACAGUGUGUCUUUGGGGCUUGUGACGCACGCGCUAAGUAGGAAUGCGAAGCACCGCCGCAGACAGAAAGGUCCCGAUGGUCGAUUUCCACCCCACGAGGCCAACCCCCGCCGGGAGCCACUUGCUCAAUUGAUCAAGAGUUUACAGAAACAGUCCAGAAAUAACAAGUGCAGGUCAUCAUCAUUUAGAACAUCAUGCAGAAGGAAAUCAGAAAGGAUUGUUUUAGAAAUGGAAGGGAAUGGAAUUAUGGUAAACGACUCUGUUAUUGUGAGCAAAGAUGGCACCAAAGACUUCACAACCAUAGGAGAGGCCAUUGCAGCAGCACCCAAGAAUUUGAAGCCAGAAGAUGGCUAUUUCAUAAUUUAUGCCACGCAAGGAUACUACCAAGAAAAUAUUGUCGUUCCAAGCUGUAAGAAGAAUAUUAUGCUGCUUGGAGAUGGCAUCAACUCCACUGUCGUUUCUGCCAACCGCAGUGUCGUUGACGGUUGGACUACUUACAAUAGUUCAACCUUUGCUGUUGCCGGAGACCACUUCAUCGGCUUAGAUAUGACAUUCAAGAACACAGCCGGUCCAGAGAAGCACCAAGCCGUGGCAGUUCGGAACCAAGCUGACCUCUCCAUAUUUUACAGGUGCAGCAUCGAGGGCUACCAAGACACUCUCUACGUCCAUUCCCUAAGGCAAUUUUACCGAGACUGCCACAUCUAUGGCACCGUAGAUUUCAUCUUUGGCAAUGCUGCUGCCGUCUUCCAAAACUGCAUAAUCCUAGCUCGUAGACCCAUGUCGCACCAAAGAAAUGUCAUCACGGCUCAAGGUCGGAAUGACCCCAACCAAAACACUGGAAUCUCUAUCCAUAAUUGCACCAUAGAAGCUGCGCCAGACCUCGCAGUUGAUGACUCAAACUAUACGACUCUAAGCUACCUUGGGAGGCCAUGGAAGGAGUACUCUAGGACUGUUUACAUGCAAUCAUACAUUGGGAGUUUGGUGACGUUGGUUGGGUGGUUGGAGUGGAAUGGUACGUUUGGAUUGGAUACCCUUUUUUAUGGAGAGUUUGAGAAUUAUGGUCCAGGUUCUAAUACUGGUAUGAGGGUUGAUUGGCCAGGUUUUGUUCUGAUGAACAAUACUGAAGCUUUGAAUUUCACUCUAAAUAAUUUUAUAAUGGGGGAAACUUGGUUGCCUGACACUGAUAUACCUUUCUCGGAAGGAUUACUAGAGUACAAUUAGCUAGCCACUGUAAUUAUAUCGUCUUAAUUAGUUCAAUAUUACUAAUCA